GUUGAAGCGGUGGAGGGUGGAAACUCUAGGACCCCGGGUACCCAGAUCCCCGACCGCAACAGAGCCCUGCCCGCCCCCUGCAGGGGGCUCCGAAGCCCGGCGUUCUUGGUCGCACGCCUGGCGUCGGUUGGUCGGUCUCUGCCCGGUCUCCACCCUGUCCUAGGCCCGGAUCGAUUUGCGGAGCCCUUCCCCAGUUUACCCCAAAGCAGCCCACUCUUCUCACUACAGGCCUGGGGGUCGUCGCCUGUGCGCCGGUGCACCCUGGUCCACAUCCCAAUAUGGCCCACCCCUCAUAUUUCUGGGAUCUAGCCCCAGGCUGGAGUGGGAGCGGGCUCCAGUUGGGAUCUGAGGGGCCUACUGCAGUGAUUACAGCUCUGACCUGAGCACGCAGGCAGCAGGCUUCUAGUUCUGGCUCUGCCAACCACCUACUGUGCGUUAGUCUAGCGUCUUUCCCUCCCUGGGUCUGUUCACCUAACUGAUCUGGUGCUCCCUUCUGUGACUUAGAGGCAGCACAGCUCAGUUCCCUUAACUUUGCUGGCCAGUGCAGAAACAGCUCAAACUCUUCACUCUGCUGACAGCACAUUUUAAGUAAAGCCUUGAAGGAAGAAAAAAAAAAAAAGAAGGAAAGAAAAAGGAACUUGAGACCAGAGAGAGAAGUGAAGAGAAUCAGAUCCCACAUCUUUGCAGAGAUCCUCCACCAUAGCGGGUCUGGUGGACGAGCAGGCUGAGACAAACCAGCACCCACAAGCCUCCUAGGAGAACAGCUCUGAACAGACGAUGUGGUCGUGAGGGAGACUCUGCAGGCCCUGCAGAAAGAGGGCUCUCAGGGCCAUGGCCCAGGUCAGCAUCAACAGUGACCUUGGCGAGUGGGGCUUCAGCACGGAUGCUGGGGAGCGGGCCCGCCUGCUGCAGAGUCCCUGUGUGGACUCGGACCCUACGGGUGAGGCGGAGGCCUCUCCUGAAAGUCUGAGCAGAGGUGCCACAUCCACAUUCGGGGCCAUCUUCAUUGUCGUCAAUGCCUGCCUGGGUGCAGGAUUGCUCAACUUCCCAGCAGCCUUCAGCACUGCCGGGGGCGUGGCAGCUGGCAUCACCCUGCAGAUGGGCAUGCUGGUUUUCAUCAUCAGUGGCCUCGUCAUCCUGGCCUACUGCUCCCAGGCCAGCAACGAGCGGACCUACCAGGAGGUGGUGUGGGCUGUGUGUGGCAAGGUGACGGGCGUGCUGUGUGAGGUGUCCAUUGCCGUCUAUACCUUCGGCACCUGCAUCACCUUUCUCAUCAUCAUUGGGGACCAGCAGGACAAAAUCAUAGCUGUGCUGGCAAAGGAGCCUGAGGGGGCCGACAGCAGCCCCUGGUACACGGACCGCAAGUUCACCAUCAGCCUCACUGCCUUCCUCUUCAUCCUGCCCCUUUCCAUCCCCAGGGAGAUUGGCUUCCAGAAAUAUGCCAGCUUCCUGAGCGUCGUGGGCACCUGGUAUGUCACUGCCAUCGUCAUCAUCAAAUACAUCUGGCCAGAUAAAGAGAUGACCCCAGGGGACAUCCUGACCAGGCCAGCUUCCUGGAUGGCCGUGUUCAAUGCCAUGCCCACCAUCUGCUUUGGAUUCCAGUGCCACGUGAGCAGUGUGCCCAUCUUCAACAGCAUGCGGCAGCCCGAGCUGAAGACGUGGGGCGGGGUGGUGACGGCCGCCAUGGCCAUCGCCCUCGCUGUGUACACGGGCACAGGUGUCUGUGGUUUCCUGACCUUCGGAGCCUCUGUGGACCCCGACGUGCUCCUGUCCUAUCCUUCCAAUGACGUGGCUGUGGCCGUGGCCCGCGCCUUCAUCAUCCUGAGCGUGCUCACCUCCUACUCCAUCCUGCACUUCUGUGGCCGGGCGGUGGUUGAAGGCCUCUGGCUGCGCUACCAGGGGGUGCCCGUGGAGGAGGACGUGGGCCGGGAGCGGCGGCGGCGAGUGCUGCAGACGCUGGUCUGGUUCCUGCUCACCCUGCUGCUCGCGCUCUUCAUCCCCGACAUCGGCAAGGUCAUCUCCAUCAUCGGGGGCCUGGCCGCUUGCUUCAUCUUCGUCUUCCCAGGGCUGUGCCUCAUUCAAGCGAAACUCUCUGAGAUGGAGGAAGUCAAGCCAGCCAGCUGGUGGGUGCUGGUCGCUUACGGCGUCCUCUUGGUCACCCUGGGAGCCUUCAUCUUCGGCCAGACCACAGCCAACGCCAUCUUUGUAGACCUGUUGGCAUAACCAUGGCCUCCCAAGGACCACGUGGCCUUUGUCCUUGCGCCCGGGAACCCCUCUCUUUCAGCUGCAGGACCAGCUGACUGGCAUCAUUGCCCUCUGCUGGUGGCGUGGCCUCUGGAUGUCCUUUUCCAGCAGCGGAUCUGGGCUGAAGUCAGGCACCGCCCGCGCCUCUGGACAGUUCCACUCAGCUCCCUUCCUGCCCCCUGUCCUGGCAGUGCCAUGGAUGGUGGCACAGUGUCACAGAGGAACCCUGCCCCUGGCUCUGGACUUCUCCAUGCCUGGAACCCACAGGCGCAGACGGUCAACAGGCCUCCGGAGAAAGACUCCAGCCUGACUGUGCUCUGGAGGAGGGUGGGCAGAGGGCCCCGGUCCUCCGCGGAGCAGCGUAUCCCGAGGGGGCCCUGUGCUCCUUCCCACCAGGACUCAGCGCCUGCUGCAGUCCGUCAGCAGAGCAGGCAGCAGUGGCUUCCUCCGGGGUCUGGCAGCGUCCGCAGGUAGCACUGGAUUCACACAGAUGCAUGGAGACAGACAGAGUCCGUGCCUGGGCCACUCCCUCCUGGGCCCACAGUGAACCUACAGCCCCCUUUCUGUGGGCACUGGACAUUCCCCAAGGCUUUGGGGCCUCACCCAGGGUCUUUCCCCAGACCUGAGGGUCCAGGCACCCUUCCCCUUCUACACCCCCAGACACACCAAGUCUUAUGUUUACAAACGGUGCCAGCCCGGCUCAGCCAGGGGCCAGGAGCCGUCCCAUGCCACGGUGCUGUGAGUACCCCUCCUCAGCUUCCCCUAGAACAGAGUCUCUCAGAUUCCAGGGGCCCCUCUUUACAGAGGUUCAAACGGGUGGUGGAGAAGGCUGGGAGCCUUUCAGACCUGUGCAGGCCAGGCUGGUCAGGAUCAAGGUGAGCCUGUCUGGCAUCUGCUCCCUCAGUGAUUGCUUCUCUCUGCCCUCCCACCAACCCCAGCACCGCAGCCCAGAAACAAGCAAGGCAGCUGAUUGGUCAGUGACUGAGCAACACUGAGAGCAGUUUCUCCAGCCUGGAUGUUUCCCUUUCCUUCUGGAUCUUGUCUGCUCCUUCCCCCGCAGCCCAUUUUUUUUAAGUCACUCAAUCUCUGGCUCACUGAGUAUUGGGGGGUGGGCUGCCAAACCCUCUAGUCCACUUCUUCAGCUCCGCAGAUACCCCAGGCCCCGUCUUGGUGGCCUGGCAGUCACAGUGGUGAGGUCACACCUGGAUUGUGCCCCAGGGAGGAUGAGAAGGGACACUGUUCUCCUAUUCUGUAUUCUUAUUUUGAACACAUGGGGCACCCCAGCCCACACCAGGCGCCAGCUGAGGCGUCCUCUGCCUGGAACACGCAGCGUUUCCCUGGCCCCUCUUACAAAACCUCUGUACUGGGGCAGGGGUUGGGGGGCUCAGCCCGGUCCCCCAGCCCUCAGGACAGUCAGAUGUAAGAAGCAGAGGCUGGCUGGAGGCCGGAUUUUGCUCAGUCCCCAGACUGGGUGGCCUGCCUUUCCUCACGUCCUCGCCCUGGGGCCAGAGCCACUCUGCUGCUUUCUCUCGGUAUGCUGUACCUCUCCAGGGCCUGCCAGCACCGUCCCGACGAGGAUGGCUGCCCGGCCUCCUGAUGCUGGAUUUCGGGGGUGGAGGGAGUGAGGGAGUCGUUGCACAGACCCAGCCCGUCAGGAAAGGGGGCUGGAAUUCAGCCUCAGCCCCAACUCAGGAGCCCCCUACCCUUCCUGCCAGGGCAUUUUACUGUUUCUUGUCUAUGGUCCAAGGAAGAUGGUAAAUAAAAAGGGGCUCGUGCUGCUGAGCUGUGUGGCCU